GAUGCAAAAAUAUAUAUUAGAUUGUAGAGCGCCAAGAUGUUAGCUAGCUAGGCACGUAGCUAGCCAGUUAAGAGAGGCCUAUGGUAUUUUCAUAUGAUGAACGGAGGCUUGAGGGAAAGUUAGCUAUGCAGCGGUUUAAAUACGAGCAGUUUCUUCAUUGUGAUAAUAUAUUCUUAUUUGCUGAGUCUGAUAGUGUAGUACAUCCCCCUUUAUUUGUGUAUAUUACUAACUAGCUAAUACGACCGCUUAGCCACGUUACCGAACUAUGAAUUCAUUGGCUAACUCUAGUUUCCUUGGCACAUUUCUGGAAGCGGGCCUAGACCAACGUUACGUUUCUGAUAGUUAGCUAGCACUUGCUAGCCAGAUGAUGGUAGAGCAGUAACAUAAUUAUUUUAGUUAACGUUAUCUUGAUUCAGUCUAGCCAGCAUUGAAAUUCUUGUUAGCUGUGAAACGGAAACGUGAGAACGGUCAAAAAGAUAACGUUCGGUGAAGUAACUUUAGUUUCCCCAUUGGCUUGUUAGCUGGAUGUCAUUCCAACAGAUGCUACUCAACUAGCAACCUAAUUUACAUUAUCAUUGGGCGGUUAACUAAUGUCGUAUGGUACUUUCUUGCUACGUUGCUCCGCUUUUAUUCUUGGUUUGGUCAUUGAUUUAUCUUUUCUGUAAGAGGACCUGCCAUCCAGUGAGCCAGCCUAAGCAAUGAAGAGGGUGCGGACUGAGCAGAUCCAGUAUACAGUGGCUCAGUACCUGAAAAGGCGGCAGUAUGUGGACACUGAAAGUUCCCUGAAGGGGGCCAAGCUUUCCCAGUCUGCCGAGGAGAUGGCAGCUAACCUCACAGUUCAGACGGAGUCUGGCUGUGCCAACGUGGUCUCUGCGGCUCCGUGUCAGGCAGACCCGCAGCAGUACGAAAUGCAGUUUGCCAGACUGCGCAACUUCCUGUCCGAAGCGGAGGUGCCGUGGAGCCGGGAGGUGAGCGGCGUGCUGUACCCGCUGUUCGUCUACCUGCACCUGGACAUGGCGCGCUGCGGACUGAAGAGCGCGGUGGACAGCUUCUACGGCCGCUUCCACGGGCUCUUCCUGCAGGACGCCGAGCAGCGGGACACGGUGGAGCAGCUGCGCCACGUCCUGUCCUCGUCGGACGUCUCGUCCAACGCCAAGCUCUGCGCCUUCCUGGACCACAAGUACGUGGUGCGCCUGAGCGACCCGGCCUACAGCUACCUCCUGCGCUACCUCCAGAGCGCCGACAACGCCGCCCUCUGCCGGGUGCUCAGCGCCCACGUGCAGGUGGAAGUGACGGCCGUCCGGCGGACUGACUACCAGCUGUACGGGCCGGGCGCCUGGGGCUCCUCGUCGUCCUGCGGCCCCGCGUCCUCCCAGAGGGGGGCGGACCCCGGAGAGGGCCUCCUGGACCCGGGCGGCGCGGCGCCGGGCCUCCCGCCGAACGAGGCGGCGGCCGAGGCGCUGCAAGACUGCAUCAAGCGGGUGAAGGACGGCCCGCCCUCGCUCACUACCGUCUGCUUCUACGCCUUCCAUCACACCGACCAGCUGCUGAACGCGGCCGAGAUCUCGGCCGACAGCAAGCUCCUGGCCGCCGGCUUCGACAACUCGGCGGUGAAGCUGUGGAGCCUGCGGGCGCGCAAGCUCAAGGCGGAGCCGCACCGCGUGGACGUGUCGCGCAUCCGCCUGGCCUGUGACGUUUUGGACGAGGAGGCUGACGAUGAGGACAGCGCCGGCAGCGAGAUGAAGAUCCUGCGGGGCCACUGCGGACCGGUCUACCGCACCACCUUCCUGACGGACUGCUCGGGUCUCCUCUCCUGCUCUGAGGACACCACCAUCCGCUACUGGAACCUGGGCAGCUUCACCAACACUGUGCUCUACCAGGGCCACGCCUACCCGGUGUGGGACGUAGACAUCAGCCCCUGCAGCCUGUACUUUGCGAGCGGGUCCCACGACCGGACGGCGCGCCUCUGGACCUUCGCCCGGACGUACCCGCUGCGCCUGUAUGCCGGCCACCUGGCCGACGUGGACUGCGUCAAGUUCCACCCCAACUCGAACUACCUGGCGACCGGCUCGGCCGACAAGACCGUGCGACUGUGGAGCACCCAGCAGGGGAGCUCGGUGCGCCUCUUCACGGGCCACCGGGGCCCCGUCCUGGCCCUGGCCUUCUCCCCCAACGGCAAGUACCUGGCGUCGGCCAGCGAGGACCAGCGACUGAAACUCUGGGACCUGGCCUCGGGGUCCCUGUUCAAGGACCUGCGAGGCCACACGGACACCGUCACCGGCCUGUCCUUCAGCCCCGACAGCAGCCUGGUGGCCUCCUCCUCCAUGGACAACUCCGUACGGGUGUGGGACAUCCGCAACUCCCACGGGGGGAGCGCCCCCACGGAUGGCUCCUCCAGCGAGCUGGUGGGCCUGUACACCGGCAGCACCAGCAACAUCCUGAGCGUUCAGUUCAUGGCGUGCAACCUGCUCCUGGUGACAGGCACCGCCCAGGAGAAACAGGAGCAUUAGGGCUGUGUUUUUGUGGGCUUCCUGGGGUGUGGGGGUGGAUGGGAGGAUCCCUGCGGUCAGGUAGGGCAGAAACCUUCCUCUGCACUCUGUGUCACAGCUAGUGGUCCGACCUGGUGGUCAUAUUUCAAGGUUAACCUGAUGGCAAGUCACAUCCAUGUGGUAACUUGAACACCGGUGUAACUUCAUCACUCACUCAGUCACAGACAUUCGCGUUUAUAGGGCUGGCCCCACUGUUGCGGUCCAGCCAAAAAUAGUAUGCUUUGUUAAUAACAUGACUUCAAGAGAAAAUGUAAUUAUCAUGAUUAAAAAAAUUUAAGUGAAGAUCCUAGAGAUAAAAGGUUUAUUUAACAGUCACAGAAAUAGCUUUUUCAUAAUGGUCGCAUCACUCCCUGUUGAACAUUAGUGACGGUGGUCUUGAAGUGGACAGCCUGUAAAAACACUGGCAGGUCUUGUGACCUCGGGAAAUGCCUAGAAGAACCAGGAAGGCCGACACCAAGGGCAGAUCAGCCAGGCCAUUUGGUGUCAUCUGUGGAAACCUCGCCAGCAGAGCCAUUACAUGAGCCUGACAAAGGGACAGCUACCCCCCAUCCAGCAAACACAAACCACAGAGCAAGGUCAUAUUUCCAUUUAAAACUGAAUGAGGUGCCAAGCCUAAGCAUUGUUUGUCUGUUUUAUUAGGGAAUUUUUGGUUGAUUUGGAAGAAUGUUCAAUAUACAAACUAUUUUACCUUGUGGACAUUUGUUUAUUUUUUUUGUUUUGUGUUGACACAUCCCUUGCUUGUGAUUUCAAAAAGAGCUACAAUUUCAGGGGCAUGUCACUAGAGUAAUGUAAUAUUGUAGGGUUAUAUGGAAAAUGGGUCUGAAUACAAAUCUUAAACAUGCAUAUAGCACGAUUAAUGAAGCUACACGCCUACAGCUGAAGGGAUAAUUCCCACAAAAACUGAAUGUUGUUCGUUUUCUUACCUAGAGAAAUAUAAUUUGACUCAACGGUGUCAGCUCACUACAUUGUUUUAUUUCAUUUUUUUCAAGAUAUUCCAUGAAAAGGGUUUGCAAAUGAGUCUAUGGAUGAGUAAGAUCCACUGGGUUGGGUGUCAGUCCCAUUUUCAAUUCACUCUAUUCAUAAAAUUAAUUGAAAAUCAAAUCAUGCACUGAAAAAUUGCCAUGGAACUUCUUUUCUUCCGAGUCCUUAAUUAAAUUUCAAUUAUUUUUGUGAAUUGACCGAUGUAAAGUAGAAUUAGCCCCCAACCCAGCAUCUUAGGAUUUGAUGUAAAAUCGAAUUAAAAAUUAAAAUGACAACAAAAAAAAUGUACUUGGAGAUUUUAAAGCAUAACUGUUGCUGGAUCUUCCUCAUCCAUUGUAAAUUUUUUGUAGAGGCUGUUGUAUGAACUAAAAAAAAAAAAGGGUGAAAGCUGUCAAGCAAGGUGUUUCUCAAGCAUUCGCUGUCAACCUGAACAUUCCCCUUGAGUAGUUAAUCAGAAUCCAUACUGAGUUCGACUGUACUUUUUGUUUGCUUACAAAAUAAAAUAAAGCUUAGCAAUGUUUAGCCUCAUUAAGCUAGUCUAUUUGAUUUUGCAGACGACUUUCAUCUUUAAGGAAUCGGUGCAUACACAAAACGAGUUUGAGAGAAGUAAUGCACUUUUGUAAAGGGGCUCAGAUGUGAUUGGGUUAGGUCAGAAAAUGCACGUUUGGUUGAAGUGCACUUGUAUAUACGCCAAGUUUUUUUUCCAUAAAAAGGACAAGUAGGAAGUAUAAAAGAAUAUUUUUGUUUUGAUACAAAAUUUAGUUCUAAAGUAUAGGCUAAGUAUAAUGUAUGAGAUGUUGAAGAAAUGGCUUCUGUUUUUUUCAGCUGAUAUGGAAUUACUGAUGGAACUUUUAGUGGGUUACAUGAGUUAAUGGUGAAUGUGGCACUCGAAUGAGGCCUUACACUGCCUAAGGAACUCAAAAGUUAGUCUAGAGGAGUGGUUCCCUAACUCCUGGGGAGCCCCUGUGUAUUCUGGUUUUUGUUUCUAGUCUCAAUCCCAGAAUUUUAACAAGCUGUUAUUUUUGCUUAAUUUGGUAUGUUUCAUGUUUAGAGGGAUUAUUUACCCUCUUAAGCCACAUUAUGUAAGAAAUAGCUGCACAUGCCAUAAAUAAUAAAAUUUCCAUGUUCAUAUUGUGCUUAUUGUAUUGCAGACAAUUACAUAAAAAGUAAGACUUCAAAUUAAAGGCUGGGGUGAAUCUGUAAGCUCCUAAAAAGUGUGGACACCUGGCCAGUAAAACUAACCAUCUGGAAGAUAAUGAACAAUUCAACGACAAAGCAAAUGAUAAUGAGUUAAGUUUAAGGGAAAAUAAUGAAAUCAAACAGAUGUUCAGCAACAUUAUUAGGAGGCUAUUGAUUUACAAUGCAAAGCUAUUUCAGACACAAUAUGGCUUAAGAGGGUAAAUAAUCCCUCUAAACAGGAAAAGCACCUAAUUGCAAAACAUUUUCAGUUUAAAAUUAAAGUUAAAAUUAUGGGAUUGAAAUUGUGCUUUGAAUGCAGCAUAUACAGGGGGCCCCAGGACCAAGUUUGGGAACCUCAGGUCAAGAGCAAGCUUUUCCAUGGGACUGCACUUGGGACUUCAGCUGUUUCUCGUACUAUAUUAAAGCAUUACUCACGAGCAUAGUUCACAUCAGCUUUUGCAAUGGCCGCUGUUUCGAAGUGUUAUAUUAGUAUGUAAUUUAAGUCCUCCUUGUUCAUUGUUAUUAUAUUGCUCAAUGAAUAAUUUUUAAUGAGCAGAUCAUCUCAGGAGAUAGGAACCAUGUGUGGGGAUAUGGUAGAAUAGUAUUAGUAUGCACAAAGCCAUGCCAUGCAAGUUGUAUAAAGAACAGACAAACAAAAACCAAAUUAAUAUCUGUCAGAUAUACCAAACUUUGUGAAAACUUUUCCACCAUCUUGAACAAAUUGUUGUUCGAGACUGAUAAUUGUAAAUAUAUUUUUGACUAUUUGACUCCUUUUUCUGUAGUCCUUUUUUAACAUACCCUAUUCCAUGUCUUGAUGGUAAAAAGAGGUUUUGGUGUACGGUUUCAAAAACCUGUUUUAGUGUCAGUGGCAGUUAUUCUUAAAGUUCAAAUUGGUUUUGCUUGUUUUAAUUGAGGAUGUUUUGUAAUGGCGUGGAAUGUCGACUUGUUUCUCUACACAAAUUUGAACGCUACAAUUUUAUUUUGAUAAAUUGCAAGAAAAGUGGAUGUCACAAACAGGUGUUGAACAGAUUGUGAAAAAAACUUCAAAUAAGGGUCUCUUGAUUUUUACAUUGGGGGCAAAAAAUAUAUUUUAGUGAUUUUCUUUAAUGACAUCUCAUCAGUCCAAAUCAUACAUCAUUUUCUCUUGAAGGUCUCUUGAACUCAGUGUUAUAGGAAUUAAGAAGAGCAUUGUGUACUUGUUCAGAAUAAAUGUAAUUGUAAAAUAA